AUGAUGAGUGGCAUGUAUGUCGCCGUGCUCAGUCUGCUCCCCUUGGCACUGAGUGUGGAGUUAACAGGAUCGUUUGGUAGCUUCACUUCACCCAACUUUCCAAAUGUCUAUCCCAAUAACCAGCAUGUAGUGUGGAACAUCACAGGGCCCACAGGACACAGACUUCGCCUUUAUUUUAUUCAUUUCAGCCUGGAGCCUUCUCUCCACUGUGAAUAUGACUACCUACAGGUGUUUUCGGAGGGCAACGACACUGUCCGAUUCUGUGGCAAGGAAGGGGAAAAUGACGCGCAUUCCCUGAGGAACACGAUCCUCUACUCUAGCACCAACAGCAUGUCCGUGGUCUUCAGGUCGGAUUACUCUAACGAGGCGCGGUUUACAGGCUUCCAGGCUUUUUAUUCUGCAGAAGAUAUCAACGAGUGCCUGAGUACUGUGGAUGGAGAGCCUGUGUGUGACCAUUACUGCCACAAUUAUGUGGGAAGCUAUUACUGCUCUUGCAGGCUGGGGUACCAGCUCCAUGGCAACAAGCGCGACUGCACUGUGGAGUGCAGAGGUCAUGUUCUGGCAGAGAGGUCUGGAGAGCUCAGCAGCCCCGAGUACCCUGCUGCCUACCCCAGAAUGAGCCAGUGUGACUACACCAUCCGCCUGUCCGAGGGCUUCCAGGUCAGCCUGGACUUCCUGGAUCCCUUUGACGUGGAGACGCAUCCUGAGGUUCCCUGCCCCUACGACAUCCUGAAGAUCACUGCAGGUUCGAGGGAGUAUGGCCCAUUCUGUGGAACCAAGCCACCAGCCAGAAUUGAGACUGGUACCCAUGAAGUGCACGUAUCCUUCCGGUCAGAUGGCUCAGGGAAAAACCGGGGCUGGAAGAUAAAGUAUUCCAGCACAGCCAAACCUUGCCCGAACCCAGUGGCUCCUCUCCAUGGUCACAUACACCCGCAACAAGCCCAGUAUAUCCUUACAGACACUUUCAGUGUCUCAUGUGACCUCGGCUAUGAGUUAACUCUGGGGGAGGAACCUUUGGCCUCCUAUCAAGCCAGAUGCAUGAAGGGUGGGUUCUGGGAUGGUCCACUGCCUCUCUGUACAAUGGUUGACUGUGGAAGCCCUAAAGAAAUUAACAACGGAAGAUGUCAGUUCACCACAACCACGUAUAAAUCUACAAUCAAGUACAGCUGUGAAGAAUUCUACACCAUGGAGGUCAGCAGCAAUGGAGUGUAUACCUGUGCACAUGAUGGCUUCUGGAGAGACACUCUGGGUGGAAGAAAGAGUCCUGAGUGUACACCUAUCUGUGGCAAGCCCAGAGGGAGACUGGAUAAGGUGAUAGGAGGGCAGAAUGUGGAGAAGAAUGAGAUCCCCUGGCAGGUGUUGGUUCGGAAGGGGGGCUCUUUCCAGGGGGGCGGCACCCUGCUCAGCGAUGACUGGGUGCUGACUGCCGCCCACGUCCUGCAUGGCUACAGUGAAGUGUCCAACCUAGAGGUGAAACUGGGCUUGGUCAAACGCCAGGACCCCGAGGCAGUGGUGGGCAUCCCCAGAGAAGUCUUCAUACACCCGGGUUACCAGCACAAUAAGAUCAACUUCAAUAAUGACAUCGCUCUGAUCAAGCUGGACAAGAAGGUGCCCAUCAGCGCCGCCAUCAUGCCCGUGUGUUUGCCAGGGAAAGAGGAACGGUUCCUGCUGAAGACGAAUGACUAUGGGAUGGUGAGCGGGUGGGGUGUGUGGCAUAAGUCCAGCCGCCGCGGUUCCCCUGAUCUAAAGUUUGCAGAAAUACCUAUUGUGGACUUCGAAGUAUGCAAAGCUAAGUAUGACUCCAUAGUGUCGACAAAAGGAAAGCUGGUGGUAACGGAGAAUAUGGUGUGUGGAGGGUUGGCUGAGGGUGGUGUGGAUUCUUGUCAAGGGGACAGUGGAGGGCCGUAUGUGUUUGAGGACAGGCAGAGUCAUAGCUGGUACAUUGGUGGCAUUGUCUCCUGGGGGUAUACAUGUGCAGAAGCAGGCUACUAUGGGGUUUACACCAAAGUAACCAACUAUCUCUCUUGGAUUGAGCAAACCAUGUCAGAAAAUAGUUAAAUACCUGCUACCCCACAUUGGACAGGAGGAUGCUACUUGUUUCUCUGUAUUUCUUUCAGCAUCAUUCCAUUUCCCUUAACUACCUGUCUGCUCAGUUAAAUGAUUUUCUGCAGCCAUCAGACAACCAAGUAGAUUAAGGCCAGAAUGGUCUUUUGGAAACAAUCAUUGCUGGAGUUGGAUUUAGCAUAACCAAGUGCCACUUGUUGAAUUUGGACAGAGCCUGGGAGCACUGGUACUAAUGCAGAGGUGUUGUUGAACACUGGGACGAGCCGUUUAGCCACCCUUCCUUGGCUUGGAUUUACAC